UCAAAGGACAUACCGCUCAGUGGCGUAUAACCAUAAACAGUACACUCUGUCAUUUUUUCAUAUCUCCAUUUUUUCAUACACCAACUGUAAAGGCUAGUCUUUGACAAUUACCAAUAGUGUCCACUGCCUUCAAGUUCAGUGUGUGGGGUGUGAAGAAGUAGCCCAGCUAUGACUGUAAAGGACACUAUAAAUCUUUCAUCGAAAUGAGCAUUUUGGAAUACUAUUGAACGAGGAUGUGGGGUCAAGAGUUCAAUUCCACAAGGUCAUUGCUCCAUGUUCUAACCAAACGGACAUGGCAGGAGCAAAGGAGAAAGUGAGGGGAUUUGCCGUGAACGUAAAAGAGCACGAAGUUGGAAGCAACCAACAGCCUGACAGUAUGAAUGGUUCUUCAACGCAUCUGAACCUGAAGUAUUUCAGCCUGCUGUGCCUUGUCCUUCAGAAUGCCGUGCUCAUCCUCACCAUGCGCUACACGCGCAAUCUCCCCGGUAACAUGUACUUCUCCACGGUCGCGGUGGUCGUUACCGAGUUCGUGAAGCUCAUCACGUGCCUGUUCAUUCUGCUGUUCCAGAGCCGUGGCAAUGUGGUUGAGGUGGGCAGGGUCCUAUGGGGAAACAUUGUCCUCCAGCCCUGGGAUACGCUGAAGGUAUCAGUGCCAGCAUUCAUCUACACCAUACAGAACAACUUACUGUUUGUUGCCGUCUCCAACUUGAGCGCUGCUACAUUUCAGGUGACAUACCAGCUAAAGAUCCUCACAACGGCCCUCUUUACUGUCGUCAUGCUGCGCAGGAGUCUCGCUUCCUUCCAGUGGGUGGCUCUCCUCCUCCUGUUUGUGGGUGUGGCCAUUGUGCAAAUCCAGCCCACAGAUCCGACCAAGAGAGCUGCCGAAGUGACCCACACAGAACAGAAUCCCAUGCACGGCCUGAUCGCCGUCAUCAUAGCAUGCAGCUUCUCCGGUUUUGCCGGCGUCUACUUUGAAAAAAUCUUAAAAGGAUCCAAGACGUCAAUAUGGCUCCGCAACAUCCAGCUGGGAAUGUUCGGGUCGGUCAUCGGCUUGAUAACCAUGGCUCUGAAAGAUGGACAGGACAUUGCGGCCAAGGGAAUGUUCUUUGGAUUCACGCCGUUCGUCGUGGGAGUGAUUUGUCUCCAAGCGUUUGGCGGCCUCUUAGUAGCAAUAGUGGUCAAGUAUGCCGACAACAUCCUCAAAGGGUUCGCAACAUCAUUUAGCAUUAUCAUAUCCACUAUUGCGGCCGUGUACAUUUUCCACUUCAAAAUCAACAUCCAAUUCUGUGUCGGCGCUGGCUUAGUCAUAUUGGCCAUCUUCAUUUACGGACGACCGAAACCAAAAGAAAAACCGACCAUCGCUGAGCAGCCCCUCAAUGGAGUCACCUCAAAGUAAAAUGAAAUAAUGAUUAUUAGGAGAUAGUCGUUGGAAGGUAAACAUUUGGUUAUCGCUCCUUAAUUUAGUGGCAAUACAAAUUUACUUCAUGAGAAGAAGUACAGACGAUGUGACCUCUGACGUCACACGAAAACCAUAACAUGAU